AAUGCGGUGUUUGGUAUGGGUUUGUUAGCUUUCAAAAUCAAAACGCAAUAAUAAAGUUCAAGAGAAACUGGAAGGUAAAUGAGAUCAUUGAAAGAUGGUCUUCUGAACCAGGUUCAAGCAAUAAAAUCUGGGCUUAUCCCAAUGAUCUUUUCUAAUCAGCUCAUGCACUUGUACGCAAAGCAUGGUUUUUUAAGCGAAGCUCAGAAACUGUUCGAUGAAAUGCCCAAACGAAAUGUUUUCACCUGGAAUACCAUAAUCUCUGCCUACAUAAAAUCCCAUAACUUAAUGCAAGCACGGGCUUUGUUUGACGCUGCUUCGUAUAAAGAUUUGGUCAGUUAUAAUUCGAUGUUGUCCGGGUAUGUGGGUGCUGACGGGUAUGAAACUCACGCGGUUAAGUUGUUUUCCGAUAUGCAAAGGGCUCAUGAUUGGAUUAGGAUCGAUGAGUUUACCGUGACUACAAUGCUUAACUUGAGCGCUAAGGUGUGUAAUGUUGAUUAUGGUAGACAGUUGCACGGAUUUAUGGUGAAAACAGCUAAUGAUAGAAGCGGGUUUGCAGUCAGUUCUCUUGUUGAUAUGUAUUCUAAAUGCGGAUGUUUUGAGGGAGCUGUGCAGGUGUUUCAUGGUUUUGGUGGCGUGCUUGAUUUGGUUUCAAAGAACGCAAUGGUGGCAGCUUGCUGUAGAGUAGGUGAGCUUGAAAUAGCUGAGAAUCUUUUUUGGAGAGAGCCUGAGUUGAAUGAUGCUGUAUCUUGGAAUACAUUGAUUUCGGGUUAUCAACAGAACAAUUAUCCAGGGCGGGCAUUGGAGUUGUUUGUUAGCAUGGCAGAGUCUGGACAUAAAUGGAAUGAACAUACUUUUACAAGUGUUCUGAGUGCCUGCUCUGAAUCAAGGAACUUAAAAGUUGGAAAGGAGGUUCAUGCAUGGGUUUUGAAGAAUGGUUUGAGUUCAAAUUCUUUUGUCAGUAGUGGCAUUGUUGAUGUUUACUGCAAGUGUGGCCAGAUGAAGCAUGCAGAAUUACUGCAUUUGGCUAGUGGAGGCAGAAACUCUUAUUCAGCCACUUCCCUGAUUGUUGGUUAUUCAUUUCAAGGUAAUAUGGUUGAAGCACAGAGGCUUUUUGAUUCCUUGGAGGAGAAGAACUCUGUUGUUUGGACAGCUUUAUUUUCUGGUUAUCUCAAAUCACAGCAAUGCGAAGCUGUGUUUCAACUUUUUGAUGAGUUUAAAGCUAAGGAUGCAACAACUCCUGAUGUAUUGAUGCUUAUCAGUAUGCUUGGGGCAUCUGCGCUACAAGCCACCCUGGAUCCUGGGAAGCAGAUUCAUGGCUAUAUACUUAGAAUGGGGUUUGAUAUUGAUGAAAAGUUAAUUAGUGCCAUAAUGGAUAUGUAUUCAAAAUGUGGGAAUAUAGCAUAUGCAGAAAUGAUCUUUAACAAUGUUAAUGAAAGAGAUUUAGUCAUUUACAAUAUCAUGAUAGCUGGUUAUGCCCACAAUGGUCAUGAAAAUAAAGCUUUUCUUCUGUUUGAGGAGAUGUUGAAUAAGGGAAUUUGGCCUGAUGCUGUUACUUUCAUUGCGCUUCUAUCAGCUUGCCGUCACUGUGGUUUGGUAGAACUUGGUGAAAAGUACUUUGAUUCCAUGAGAGAAGAUUAUAACGUAUCGCCCGAGAUUGACCAUUAUGCCUGUAUGAUUGAUCUUUAUGGGAGGGCUAAUCAAUUAGAAAAGGCAGAGGCAUUUUUGAAAAGUAUUCCUAUAGAGCCUGAUGCUGUUAUUUUGGGGGCAUUUCUAAAUGCUUGUAGGCUAAAUAGGUGUGCAGAAUUAGCAAGAGAGGCAGAGGAGAAGCUAUUAAGAGUGCAAAGUGAUAAUGGGGCUCGCUAUGUGCAGUUGGCUAACAUCUAUGCUGCAGAGGGCAAUUGGGAUGAGAUGGGCAGAAUAAGAAAGCAAAUGAGAGGAAAGGAAGUCAAGAAGUUUGCUGGCUGCAGUUGGGUGUACGUGGAUAAUAGUGUUAAUAUAUUUACCUCCUGUGAUAGAUCACAUGCAAAAACAGAGGCUAUAUAUUCAGUGUUAGAUUGCAUGACUGCAGAACUUUAUGAAACAAAUGAGGCAUUCUCUUGAGAAGAUCAUAUUCUAAAUUCCACAGAUCCAGCAGAAAUAUCAGAUGCUUUGGGAUUCAGACUUAAGAGAUCUAUGGUAUUGUCUGGUUAUUUUUAAUUAAUGGAUGGAAUCAUGGAAACAAGUUCAUUGAUGUUCAGGAGGGAAGGGGAUCUUUCUGUUAUGUUAUAAAGCCCAAUGAUACAAUAACUCACCAGAGGAAAUCACAAAGCUCAAACAUCUGAUUUCAAUGCCCUUUCUGGAAAUCGUGGCCAGAGUUUUUUCUAGAACGAGAACAGUUAAAGUCCAAGCAUUGUGUUGUUAGAGAACAAGUUUGCAACCAUGCAGAGACUAGCAGAAGAAGGUCUAGUACUGCAGCUGGCAACGGGAUAACAUCCCAUGAGCAGCACUUCCUGUAAUUGCAUUUAUAUGGCUAGGAUCGUAUUGUACUACCUGGUAUGGUUCACAUCUCUUCAACCAAUCAUUGUUAACUUAAUCUCUAGAUUUGUUAUCAAGCAGAGGAGACAACAAAAGAGGAUGGACACUUAAUUGAGUCAUUUGCUUACCGUGGAUCUUUUAAGCUAGCUAUGGCAGAUGGGAUUAAGCGAUGCUGUAAUAUCUUCAUCUUCGUGUUUGCUUCAAAUGUUUGGGAAUUUUACUGCUCUCUACUGUUUGAGUCAGUUGCUUUCUACUCCUAAUUGAGUCAUUUUAAUCAUGUUUUGACCCAGAACUUAUGCUUUUUUAUCCAGAGCAAACUAUAAAAAUGAAAAUGAUCUAAUUAUAAUAUUAUGUGAUAUUGUUAAGUGGUUUUAAUCAAUGUUGUAAGGUUUA